CACACUCAACUGAAGUCAAAAUUUUACAGGAGCUACAGAGACUGAGCUGACACAAAAUGAGAGGACUUGUUGUCUUGGUUACUUUGGCCUGCUUUGCCAGCGCUCAGCACCAAGCACUGAUUGACUACUUGGAGCGGAGGCUGCUUGCUAUUGAGGACCGGAUCUCUCUGUGGCAUGAACAGACCGCCCGAUACGCCUCCGAGCUGAGGGAGCUGAAGCAACAAAUGGUUUCCCAGCUGGAGAACUUGGAUAAAGAGAAAGAGAUACUGAGGAUGAGUCUGGACGGUGUGGGGACGAGAGUGGACCGGGUCGAGCGUGAGCUGGACUACCUGGAGACUCAGAACGGAGCUCAGCCGUGUGUGGACGUGGACGACAAGCUGAUAGAGCAGCAACUGACGCUGGUGCAGGAGAAGCAGAAGGCCAAGUAUUCCAAACUAUCAGACUGCAGCGACAUGAUCUCCAGCAUCAAAGCCAUGAAGAUCUUGAAGCGAGUCGGAGGGCCAAAGGGCACGUGGAGCAAAGACACCAGCAGGGGCUCUGGGAAGAUCUACAUUUUUAACGGGACAGAUGAAGACACCAUUCAUGAGUUUACCUCUGUGCAAGACUUUGCCCGCUCACUGGGCCUGUCUCUGUCCAAGGAUAUAAAACUGCCAUCUGCGUGGAGGGGAACAGGACACCUUGUCUUCAACAAUCACGUGUAUUACAUAAAUCAGGUUGAGGAGAUAAAGGUGGUUAAAUAUGACAUACAGAACAACUCUGUGAAAGACAGUGCAGUGUUCCCGGCGCAGGACCAUGUCCCAGUGUACGGCUUGACCCCAGAGACAGUGAUGGACCUAGCUGUAGACGAGGAGGGCCUGUGGGCCAUUUAUGCCACGCGGCAGAACGAAAAGUACAUCUCUCUGGCAAAAAUGGACGCUAACUCGCUUGACAUUGAACAAAUGUGGGACACAAACUGUCCGAGAGAGAACGCAGCGGCUUUUGUCAUCUGUGGCACUUUGUAUGUCGUGUACAACACCAAGCAGCCCGGUCGCUCACGUGUCCAGUGUGUGUUUGACGUCAAUGGUAUGGUGACCAAUGAAGAUGCAUCACUGGUUUACUUUCCAAAGCGUUACGGAGCCCACUCCAGUCUGAAGUACAACCCGCAGGAGCAGCUGCUCUACGCCUGGGAUGAUGGCUACCAGAUCCUGUACAAGCUUCUCAUGAAAAAGAAACUAGAAAUUUAAAAU